CUCCUAGGAGUCUAGUCAGCCUUCAGCACCUGCCAUCAUGACCCGAUUCUUCUGCUGCGGAAACUAUUUCCCAGGGUAUCCUUGCUAUGGUACCAACUGGCAUAGAACCUUCAGAGCAACCCCCUUGAACUGUGUUGUGCCACUGGGCUCUCCCUUGAACUAUGGAUAUGGUUGCAAUGGCUAUAGCUCCCUAGGGUAUAGCUUUGGCGGUAGCAACUACAGCAACAUGGGCUGUGGUUAUGGAGGCAGCUGCUGUAGACCUUGGGGUUCUGGCUCUGGCUAUGGCUACAGCACCUAUUGAAGACGUGUCUACAAGCAACAGAGCGAACGAUUUUAGUACCCACAGCAUAAUCUCUAGACUGGUCGGAGCUUCCAGGAAGCGUUGAAGCAAUCAGAUUCCAUCUACUGCUUAAGAACAUUUUGCCAGAUUCUCCGCGAUGGCUCAGCACUUCGAUGGGCCUGGAGAAGCCACUGCUGGAGACCUCAGAGUUCAUUCAUCGGAACUAAAACUCACUUAAUAUUUUUCUGGAUGUUAACCAUGAAAAACAUGUUCACUUCAAGUUCGCUCUGUUAUUUUUGUUUCUCUCCUUCUGCCUGAAUGUGCUUCAGGUUGGGAAUGAGAAGGGUGUUGGAGGGUUAGUUAGCUCACUAAUAAAACCAGUGCAUUCGAAAUACCAGCCUUGCCUUUGUCCUGAUUGUUGAAAUCACUCUGGGCUUCUAUUUCCUCUCCUUUACGAGCCACGGUUACUACUUCACAGGGAGAUUCCUAACCAAAUCCUGUGAAUUGAUGCCUGGGGUAAGAGGAAGCCUCAUUCGGAUGUUCACCUUUUGUCAUGAUGUUUACUUUGGAACCCCCUU